CCUCUCGGUCACGCCCUCAAGUCAGGAUGUGCUUAGUGAGAGCUACACCAGAGUUCACUUCCAGAGGAGCAGGUGAGAAGCUGGAGCUCACAUCCAGGGUCCAAAAAGCAAACAACAACAACAACAACAAAACAAAAAACACUGACCAGAACAAUUGUCUCCUGAGGCCCAUCCAAGGAAUGAGCCAUGAUGGCCUGCUGGGCAACAUACUCUGGUCUGUUUCCCAGAAUGCUCUGGGCCCUCCUUCUGCUGGCGGCCUCCCUGAAUGCCUAUAAUAAAGAGUGGGACAAACCCAGUUGCACUGUGCCUAAGGUGUCUGCAAAGAGAGGUGACCGCGUGGUGAUGGCCUGCAACAUCUCCAACACCUUUAGAGACGUCUCCAUAACUUUGACUGCCGGUGAAGAGACUAGAACCAUCUUCGAAAAAAUGCCUCCAGGAAACUACUCUAAGGACUCAUGGCACCUUCAGAUUCAAGGAGGCCAGGCCCAGCUGGUGAUCACAGAUGCUCAGGACAUCCACGCAGGGGAAUACUGGUGGAAGCUGAGUGGAUUCCAGAAAAAUUUCACAAACUUCACCCUGGAUGUUACUGGUCUAGCCACUGACAACCAGAAACCAGAGAGCUUGCCGAUCAUUGCUGAGCCCCAAACUGCAGUCAAGACAAAAGCUGUCUCCGUCAUCAUCAUCAUCACCUCCUUCACCAUCAUCGCAGGAAUGAGUGCAUUUGCUUGGUACAAGCACCGCCGUUCCGCGAAGCUCCGCGGAUACAAAUUCCAGCAGAUACAAAUUCCAGUACCUGGUCUGAGUCAUGGGUCCCCUGGUGGCCCCUACCUGAUACUGCCCUAAAGUCUCCCAAUCCCUGCCCCAAAAAGAUACGUUAGAAGCCCUGUUAGCUCCAAACAACAGACUACAGAGAACCUCACCUGGCUACGGCUGACAAUCCACGCCCUGACUUGGGACAAGGUCACAGGAGCUCUCUGUCCCCAAGCCCUCAUUUUGACCUUAGGACACCCAGAGGUCAGAAUGGGGUCUGUACUCCUCAGGUUCCUCCCAAGACUCUAGGGAAAUUCACACUGAGGGCAGAGCUGUGGUUUUUAAUUGAGGAUGCCCUGGAAAUUGACCAAGCCCCUCCUGUACUCAAAACGUAGACUCUGUUGGAAUUUGAAAUACAUCAAAGUGUUUAAGACUA